CGCCACGUCUGGCGCUGCGGGCCGCGCUCUCCCCUGCUCGCCUCGCGGGGCGCCGGCGCCAUGUCGGACCUGGGCGACUGGUUCCGGAGCAUCCCGCUGAUCACGCGCUACUGGUUCGCGGGCUCCAUCGCGGUGCCGCUCAUCGGCAAGUUGGGCCUCAUCAGCCCCGUCUACCUCUUCCUCUGGCCCGACGCCUUCAUCAACCGCUUCCAGAUCUGGCGGCCGAUAACUGCAACUUUCUUCUUCCCAGUGGGACCUGGAACAGGAUUUCUUUAUUUGGUGAAUUUGUACUUCUUGUAUCAAUAUUCAUCACGGCUAGAAACAGGUGCUUUUGAUGGACGACCAGCAGAUUACAUGUUCAUGCUCCUGUUUAAUUGGAUCUGCAUUGUUAUAACUGGCUUGGCAAUGGACAUGCAGUUGCUGAUGAUUCCUCUCAUCAUGUCUGUACUUUAUGUUUGGGCCCAGCUGAACAGAGACAUGAUAGUAUCAUUUUGGUUUGGGACAAGAUUUAAGGCCUGUUACCUGCCAUGGGUUAUUCUGGGAUUCAACUACAUCAUUGGAGGAUCGGUCAUCAAUGAACUGAUAGGAAAUCUGGUUGGACACCUGUAUUUCUUCUUAAUGUUUAAAUAUCCAAUGGAUUUAGGAGGAAGGACUUUCCUGUCCACACCUCAGUUCUUGUACCGCUGGCUGCCCAAUAGAAGAGGAGGAGUGUCGGGCUUUGGAGUCCCGCCCGCGAGCAUGAGAAGAGCUGCUGAGGAUCAGCAGGGUGGGAGAAGACACAACUGGGGCCAAGGUUUCCGGCUAGGUGACCAGUGAAGACCUUCUGCCGUCGAAAACCAGCAGUUCUUUGGUUGCAGUAGCACGUAGGACCCGUCCUUCCUGGUACAGAGCGUGCUGAAGAAUGAGCUCUUUGUAAUAUUGUCAGAUUUAACUGAUUAGCAAGAAUUUUUUUUCUGAUGCAAGACGAUAUUAAAAGCUCCAGAAGGGAAAAAUGUAGUUCUUGCUCCAGGUUAGCAAAUAGUAUUCAAUUCGAUUCUGCCAUUAAAAAAGCCUUCUUUGUACAGUAUUGUCUUUCUGUAACAAGGGGUGUCCACGUGGGCACCUGCUCCUGUGAUGCUCUGAACAAGCUCGUGGUGUCUCACCCUGUGUGUUCAAGGCUUUGCUGGCUGUGGGAAGGUAAGAACCCAGCGUGUGGCAGAGGGAUCAGCCUAACCCCUAUGAUUAGGAAGCUGAUUUUUCCUGCAGCUGCAGUCUAAGGUCUUUGGAAACACUGUUUAAGCRAUAGGUCUCCGCUGCCCUUUAUAAAGCAAAGUGCAAGUGUUUCAUUUCCAUUAUUAAGAUGUAUUUUGAGAGCAGUUUUUUGCUGCCACGCAGCGUUUGUGCCAUGUGCUGCAGUGUGGGGUGGGCAAGACUAAGAGGGCUUUGAUUUGAAAUUGCAAUAACAAAUAUUCCCAGAAUUGAAAUCUCUGAAUUCUUCGUGUCACGUACAAAACUUGCUGUGUUUAAACUGAGCUUGUGGGGGGGGGUUGUUUUGCUUUUUUUGGCAUCUGUGAGUUCUUGGUGUCAGGGUUUCUUUUUUGAUUGCAAAACUGGGUCACACAAAUACUAAUCUACAACUUAGUAACGUAUGGUUGUAGCUGAUGUGGAGGGGACUGACCACAGCAUUGUCUAACUGAAUUUACAUCUUUCUCUCAAAAGCUUUAAGAUGUCAAAGAAUCAAAGCUAGGGGGGGAAAAAAAUACCCUUCCAGGUUCAAAGUACAAUAGGACAGAUUGCUUCACUAAGGACUCUUCCACUGUUGAGUAAAGAACUACAUAAAGUGUCUAUUACUAUCUUAUUUUUUCUCUUGUUCAAACUUUUUUGAUGUGGAGAAGGGAAUGACUGUGCAGAAGGAGGGUUCUUGUGGGCAGAGCAUGGGGUGAGGAGCCAGGAAGCUGCCAUUCCAGGUAGGACUUGAGUCACCAUAUGAACUUGAGCCAACCUCUUGCUUAUCUCUGUGUUCCUGUACGUGAGGAGGACUCGUGUGUGUCUCAUAGCAUCUGGAAACGUAGCUGUCCCUCCUAGUGAGAGGUGARUCCUGGGCUCGUGGAAAGGACAGCGCUGGAGCUGGCAGUGCCGCUGUCCUCGGCUCAACUGAGAAUUURAGCUGGAGGUUAGUUGCCCUUCUGUAGUUGGAGGAAAAAGAGCGCUGCUAAUGUGAGGCUCAGAUCUUAGGCUGAUAUUUCCUCUAGCAUUUGGUCUGGCUUUUUACUGGAUAGUUGCACCACACAGGGCAGUUGUGCCCCAGCAUACGUGUCUCGGGCACCAAUAAUCAGGUGAAGUGGAUCUGGGCCAAAGUGUCUCUUUACUACCGGUUUUCCUUCACUAAACCCGAGUUACAAACCUUUAAAAACUUGUAAAUACUACUUGCGGCUUAAUGUGAAAUAUUAAAGUGAAGCAGUCGGCCUGGGUUUUCACUGUCUCGUAUCCAAGACGCAUGCUCCCAUUUCCUUAUUGCACCUGAAUUUUCUUGACCCAGCUUAUGGACARGUGUAGGAAACCAGUGAUGAUCCUAUUGUGUGUUUAGAUUUUACCAGAACGUGGAGAACCRGAACGUCACAAAUUGCCUGCAAUUCCUGUCCAUUCAGUGGUAAGUUUUAUAGAUGACCUUGUCCCCGUGUAAAACAGUAGGAGGGAAAUAGGACUGCACUGCUGUAAACAUUAAUCUGCUGUUGACCCACAGCUGCUAUUGAUGCAACUUGGUAAGUUUGGAACUGUCACUUUUGUAGGCACUUUUGGUGCAGCUGCUUAUCUUUAGUCAUGGCAGUGUCCCUGGCACCAAAGCAUUUGCCUUUGUGUUGGGUGAGGACCUAACUGCUAAGCGAAGAUCUAAACUCGGUCUAAACUCCCGCACACUCAAAUUGCAGAACCUCCUUCCAUGGCAAGGGCCAGCGUGGGGACACGAGGGGGCAAGGGGUGGCAGAAGUCGUUGCCUUGGCCUGGGUGCUGAGUGGGUCUCGCUUUGCCGGGUAUCCUCCUCCUCUAAAUCAAGAGGAAACGGUCUGCAAGAAAAAUAGGCUUCUGGUACGUCUUGAUUUGCUUUUGAGAAAAUUCAAUUUAUUUUCUUUUAUGAAAGAUUCACUUCAGAGUUUCCUAUUACAGAUUAUUCCURUUACAAGUUUAGUUUGUGUGUUUCUGUAUUGCCGCUGGCCCGAAGYGCCGCUUGUGUGUCCUUCAGCUGGCCACGGCAGCCUCUUGUCAAAUGGGAACCUCCUUUCUUACUUUGUACAGAUAACUUCCCUUUUUGUAAUCAAUUUUUU